GAAAAAUCGUGUCAAAAUUUCGAAAUUUCUCCCACGAUGGAUCUCCAGUACAGUCUCGUGUGGGAGGAGGAGAACAGUCUGGUCAGAAAAUUGUAUCGAAACGUGACAAACACAACCCAACUUAGGAAACUCAUCUUCUCCGCAAAAUUGCCAUUUACUCUGUUGAAUCCAAAACUGAUCGUCGACCAAUUCCAAGUCUCCGUCGCCGUGACCAAGGCUCUCUUCAACGUGAAAGAAGCCACAAUGACGACGCGAUCCUUCCCCACGGAAAUCCUUUAUUCUCUCAGCCCCUCAAAAAACAUUUCCGAAUCGCUCAACCUCUUCAGCGCGCAAGACGGCGACACGGACAUUCUCAUCAUUGGAGAAAAAGCGCUCUGGGCCAAAGUCGGGGAACAAAUUCUGGGCGAAGAAGUCAAUCUGGACCAACUCUCGACCUUCACAGAUAUUCCCCUGGUCAAAAAAGUGUAUCAAGUCGGGGAGGAGGAACUCGCUUCGUCAAGUCUCCUCGAUGCGGUCGUUACUCGAAUGGCGUGCAAAGAAUGGACGUCCAGCGCCGUCACGAUGUCGUCAAAGCCAAACGCCAACAACAACAAUAAGUCGACCCCUUCUUAACGUUCACUACUCGCCAAUUUUUUUUUUACCAUGCAACUUUUUUUCUCAAAAUAAAUCAAACCAUCAAUCCUUCAA